AUGGGAACAUCUGCUCCGGCAUAUAUGAAUUCUACCUCUUUCUUCAAGACAUUUAAGAGUUAGUUUAGACCAAUCGAGAUUUCUGGAGAGAAGGUCGAUGGACAAGUCUACAUUUGUGAUGCUAAUUAAGAGAUGAUUAUUGAAUACCCAAACCGAAUAAUUGAUGAGGAGACAGAUGAACUCUGGCAUUAAUCUUAAUCUAUGAUUUAUAGUAUAUAGGCACCAUACAUUAUCAAUUAUUAUGGGAGUUCAGAAAAACAAUCAAAGGAAAUGUGUUCAUCCUAUUCCAUGAUUUUCAGUUAUUACGAAUAUGUUCCUCACACUUUGUUGAAGUAUUUUAUAAUAUUUAAGAUAGAGAAAUAAAUGAAAGGAAGGAAAAUCAAGAACAAUUCUCAGAAAAAGAGAUUUGGUAUUUGUUAUGGUCUUUGACACAAGCCCUUUUCGAACUCAAAUAAAAAGGCUUUAAUCACAAAGACUUAAGACCAGCUACAGUCGGACUAAAACGCAACGGCGCAGUUAAACUCUGUCCCAUCGGAGUUUUGUAAGAUCAAAAAAACUCAGUCGCCAGAUUUGUAGUUGAAAAUUUAUAGACUUAUCUCCCCACUUCAUUAAAAAAAUCACUUAUCGAUCAAUCACAACUACAAAUCAAUUGGAAUAAAAUAGAUUCGUUUGCUUUAGGACAUAUAAUUCUUGAUCUUAUGAUACUUGAUGUACCCGUUUUAAUUGAACCUUAACAAAUUGCUUAGUUAUAACUGUUAUGUUAUAAUCGCUUCUCAUAGCAAUUAAUCCGAAUAACUGAGCAUCUAAUGUUAGAAACUGAUAAUUAACUAUUGGUGUAGGAUCUAUUCUACAUGUUGAAACCCUAUUCAGAAAAAAUUAGCAACCUAUAAGACUUUUAAAUUAAUUUUGAAGAUAUCAAGUAAUAAACCAUUCCCAUAAAUAACAUGUCUAAAUUAAAGAUAAAGCAAAUUAUCGAAAACUCAAACAGGCAUUCAGAAAUACUCUACGAAUCGUAAUAGCUUGAUAAUAUUAAAUAACAACAAUAAUUGAAAGUCAAUGCUCAAGAAUAAUAACAAUUAAUAUUAGAGUAGUAACAGUAGUAAUUAUUAUUCUAAUAAAAAUAAUAGUAGAUUUAACAAUAAGAUGUAUUGCAAUAUUAAAAAAAUCUAAUUUUGUAAUAAUCGUAAAAUCAACAAAUAUACACUACUUCUAAUAUACAACAAUAAAUUUAAUCAUAAUUAUAAUUACCAAAUUUAACUUAAUAACCAACAGUUACCCAGUAACCAACAAUUUCAUAACAAAUUAUUACACAGACUCCAUAAUAGCAAUAACAGAUCCCAGCUUAAAUACAAAACAUCAUAUAAUUAUAAAACUAAAACUUAAUUUAAUAACAACCCCAAAAUAUCACACAAUAGCAAUAAUAAGUAUCUCCUUAGCAACAUGUAAUAAUUCCAAGAGUUCCUUAAUAAACAGUGUCGUAAAUUCAAAGUCCAGAUUUAAGAAAGUCGACUUCUCCUUAACCUUAAUAAUUUGUAAAUCAGUAACCUCAACUACUCUAACGUUUGUUGAUGCAAUCUUAAUAGAUUCCAAAACCUUAAUAAAUAGUUUCUUAAUUACCUCCAUAAUAAUUAUAACAGUAACUUAUAAGAACUCCGAGAUCACCAGAUGAUCAAAUCAAAAUACGAUAAUCAUAUUAUCAACCACUAAGUCCACAACCCCAUCCUCCUUUAUAGCCAUUAUAAAAUGUUUAUGUAACCCCCCCUCCUCCUAAAAUUUUGCAAUAGCAACCACAACCACCUAAUAUUAUAUAAUAACAACCAAUGCUAAGACCCAUUAUCUAGUAAUCUGCUCCUAUAUAAUUACCUGUUAUUUAUUUGAAUCGACCUCCUCCACCUAAUAAUUACACUUAAAUACCUCCUGGUGAAAAAGUUCCAGUGAAAUUAGCACAAACAUUAGUUCCAAUGGUAUGAGUAUUCUGUUAAUUAAUUCUAGAACGACUAAUUUGAUAGAGAAAUUACAGUUUUGGAAUAUAAACCAUAAGGAAAUCAACCAUUGAAGGCAUCAAACUAGAUUCCAUAACAAGAAAUGCCAGAAUCUUCACCUUAAGCAGGAUAAGUAAAAUAAUUGAUUAAAUGUUAGCCUAACAAUUUUGAUAGAAUUCGUAACGUAAUUUAAGAUUCAGAUGAAUUGUUGUCAUAUUAGCAAAAUUGA